ACGGGGAACCAGAAGCCAAGAGAAGUUAUCAAGUUAUUGACUCCGACUCUGUUUCAGACUGCUUUGAGAAAAAUAUUGUAUGAAAAAGGGAGCAUAGAAAAAGCGGUCACCUUCCUUUUAAACCUUGAUCCGGAAGCUAAAGAGGAUGCUCUAGGAUCCAAUGAGAUUGCUGUUCAUAGCUCUUCCUGGAUUCGUUGGUCUGGCAUCCAAAGCAACGAAGAGAAGGUUGUGUCUUUUUUUCAAAGCUCUUCCGAGGCUCUUUUACGUCGGCUCCCGUCUUGCUCAGAAAAGCGAGCCCGUCUUAUAAUAAGCCUUCGUCCUUUUAAGAACUAUGAUGAUCUUAUUAGUAAACUGGAAGAAACUAAAGGUGUUUCUGAAGGCCUCGUUAAGAGCUAUAACGAACUUCUUGCGAGUCUUUCUGCGGUGGAUCUCGUCAUCAGGAGAUGUAUAAAAACUUCAGAAAAGAUGAAAAACGAACUCAAACAAUUAACGUGCGAAUUUCCAACGAGGUUCCAGCAGUACAAAGGUCGCACAGGAAAUGUACUUAAACCUUAUCAAGUUUCGGGAGUUAACUGGAUGUAUUUGCUUUACAGAAGUAAAGCGGGUGGAAUUCUUGCCGAUGAAAUGGGACUGGGAAAGACGGUGCAGGCGCUUUCCUUUUUAAGCACCGUAACGCGUGAGCAAGGAGCACCCGUCCUGCAUCUGGUGGUCGUCCCCCCCUCUACUGCCGAUAAUUGGAUGCGCGAAGCUCACAAGUGGUGCACAGGGAUCUGCGUUCUGCCGCUCUUCGGAAGUUUAAAGGAACGUCAAGAGACCGAAAAAAAGGUCGAAUCUUCGAAAGAAAGUGUGCUCGUCAUCAACGUGGGUUGCCUUACGCUGCUGCAUUUUCGGCCGUCGCUGCUUCAUUUCUUUUUUUUUUAUAGAUACAAUGCUUGUUUGUCUAAACAUAAUUAUCCCUUUUUGAAAAAGAAGAAAUUUCUAUGUGUGAUUUUUGACGAGGGCCAUCUUCUGAAGAAUAUGAGCACCAUGCGAUUCCGCCGGCUCUUCAAAAUGGAGAGCGCCUGCAGAAUCCUCUUAACUGGAACUCCGCUGCAGAACAAUUUGCUCGAGCUCGUGUCUUUGCUUUACUUUGUUGUUCCCGAUCUUUUCGGAGAUGAGUCCGAGAAGAUUACUUCGUUGUUUUCAGGCAGCGCGGCUUACUCGAGCGGCAAGAAUACCGAAGAGGGUCUGGAAGAAGAGCUGGAUCUGGUACAGCGAGCCCGGACAAUCAUGCGCCCAUUUGUUCUCAGAAGACGCAAAGAAGACGUUUUGAACGAUUUGCCCGAAAAAACUGAAACGGUGAUUCUGUGCGAUAUGUCAGCUAGCCAGGAGCAACUGUACUACAGCCUAAUAGAGUAUGCCAGAAGGGAUGAGCGAGGCAACGUGAAUAAUAUUUUAAUGCAGCUGCGAAAAGCAGCUAACCACCCGCUUCUGCACCGGCAUAAUUAUUCCUCAGACAAACUGAGACACAUGGCUAUCGCUCUGCAGAAGCACAAUGAAUAUAAAGAAAGUGACGCCGCGCUUGUAACAGAAGACAUGGAAGUGAUGACUGACUUUGAGCUGCACAGCCUCUGCUCUAAUUGGAGUGCGCUGGACGCCUUCAAAUUGGAUGCGCAUGUUUUAUUCGACUCUGGAAAAUUUUCAUACCUGGAAGAAACACUUCCUGUUUUUAAGCAGCAGAAUGAUCGCGUGAUUAUUUUCUCGCAGUUUACAAUGAUGCUCGAUAUACUCGAGUACUACUUGAAGGAGAGAGAGAUGAAAUUCCUACGUCUUGACGGAAACACAGCCGUGGAGGAGAGACAAAAGCUCCUUGACAGCUUCUUCGAAGAUUUGGACAUCUUCGUCUUGCUGGCCUCCACUAAGGCGGGGGGCGUCGGACUGAACAUCACCGCCGCCAACGUGGUGAUUCUGCAUGACCUCGACUUCAACCCUCACAACGAUGCGCAGGCAUGCAGUCGUGUCCAUCGUGUCGGCCAGGACAAGCCAGUGAAGAUCAUUAAGCUUAUUAGCAAAAACACGGUGGAGAGCAUCAUCCACGAGCGGGCCGCUACGAAACUCGCUCUCGAGUCUAAAAUGAAGCAGUGUUACUCCAACGAGAACGAACUUAAGGAAUUUGUGAGGCUGGCUUGUGUACAGACGCCUUCUCGCGCUCGUGGUGCCAGACGUUUUGCUUGAGCUCAAAUUUUUAAACAAUAAUUUUUUAGCUGAAU